AUGACAUUUCCUGGCACUUUUAACUUAAAGCGCUCAGGUGACUGUGAGUCUCGAUCGUCAUCUGAAGCCAACGAACAGGUGUUUGAAAUUUCUACGCGCAGUCGAAUCUUCAUAUCUCCUCGCAAUAGCCGACAGGGGAGAAACUUAUCAAGUUAUCGUAAGAAUAGUGCGAAUUUGAACAAGCAAGAAACAACCCGAGGGUGGUCUACCUCUCCAGGCACUCAAUCAAGGUGUCAAACAUUUCGUGAGAUGAAAGCAAACAAGUCUUACUGGACCCAUGAUCCAUGCGAGAGUCGAGCGAAGCAUAUAAUCGAGAAGUCUGACGAUACCAACAGCAUAUCGGAGGAUGAAAGUGACGGAGAUUCUGACGAUCUUUGCAAUGACAAUGAUGCUUCGUUUGACGCUGACAUUGAGAUAGACGUGCCUCGUCGACUUAUAAGUAAGCAUCACUCAAGGAUCUGCAAGAAAAAGAGGACAAAAGAAUGUCAAGUUUCCUUGCAGUCGCUGGCUUCCCCAACAACGUCUGAAAAAGAACUGAAAGAGCUUAAACUCAUGCUGAAAAAAUUAGCUCAAGAUGAUGAUUGCGGCGACAGUGUAAAUAUUCAAAAGGAGCCGGUCAUAUCCUCAGCAAAUACUUUGCGUGAUUUGACAGCAGCUAGUGGAGCGUCUAAUGCUCACGCAGCCGAAGCUAUGAAUUCUCUACAUCCCACAAAAAAGUCGCAAAUGAAGAAAAGAAAUGCUGUUGCAGUGAUGCCGCAGUCGAAUAUCUACACUGUAAAAAGUAAAGUGAAAAGCACAUCGGAAAUGACGCGAAAAGCGGGUCAUCAGAAUAAUGCGAGGCGUUGUGAUCUGCCUUACGAGUCAACUGAAGCAUUGGAUAGUUGGGAGACAUUUGUAAGAGAACAUCGUGCUCUUAACAACAACGUGUUUUGCUCUCCCCCCUCACCAUUUCGAAAACCAAAACCAUUGACGUACCCACCUCAAGAUACUUUCAGUAUAAGAGAUAAUAAUGCUCGUGGAGGUGGUAUGCAAGGAUCUUGCGCAGUAUUAUCAGCUCUUAAAGCGUUGCAGGACAAGGUCAAUUGUCUAGAGAACGAGCGUGAAGACUUAACCCAGCAGCUUUCUGAUGCUCAGCUAAGUGAGCGAAAAAGCAAAGCAAAGCUGCUUACAACCAGAAAGAAAUUUUCUAACGAACUAGCACUAACAAAAGAGUCUGGACGAGCAGCAUACGAUACACUGCGAAAUGAUAAUGAAGAACUGAAACUGCAGCUGAUGCAAGCCGAGAAGCGACGGGAAGAUAGCCAAAUCAAGUUAAACCACUUCCAAGAACUUGCACAAAAUUUGUCAACGAAAGUAGAUGAUUUACAAUCGCAGCUUAAAAAUUCUGAGUCACGAUAUUCACGCGUAAAAGCUGAUUCAGAAGAUUCCAAAAGAAUUCAGCGAGAAGCGGUGGACAAGCUGCAAAGGGAGCUGAUACGGAUGCAGCAAAACCAGCAAGAGAAUGUCAAGCAAUUUGAGCUACUUGAGAUUCAGUUUCGACGUGAGGUCGCUGAUCACGCCGAGAGUAAAAAGAAGCUUCAAGUCGCAGAGGAAACGGUGGCUUUGAUCCUGCAAAUAAAUGAUUCAUUGGUAGCCAAAUUAGAAAGGACAACAGAAGCUGUAAAUGAGGCACUGAAGAGGAAUAGUGUGCUCGAGCAACAAACUCGAGAAUCAACGUUGCUUCAAUCCACAGCAGCUUGCCAAACCAGUCCAAAGGGCCACUUCGAUACGAUCGCUCAAAAAGAAAAGAGUACCGUCCGACACGAUUGCCUCAACCACCACAAAACGUAA